UGCCCAGAACGCCGGCACAUUAUUUACAGUGCGUACGUGUAUUGCACAUCGAACUGUCUGCUUCAAACAAAGGUUAUCUCUUCAAAUCAAACAGACGGACGGAAAGAUACAAGUUUGGUGUGCACUCAAAUCGCAAACCAAAAUGCUCGUCACCAAGUUUUUGAAACAUGGUCUGUUUGCAAAUGUCAUUCGUGAGACCUCCGAUGUUUGUAAAUUUCUUCCGAGGAGACUAGCCUCGACUGCACCACAGGUAGAGGUUUUCCACGUUCAAGACACUAAGGAUUUCGAUGAAAGAGUGAAAAAUAGCAAAGUCCCAGUCAUCGUCGACUUUUUCGCCACGUGGUGCAAUCCCUGCCGAAUGCUCACACCAAGAAUCGAAUCUGUCAUUGCCGAAAGAAAGGGAGAAGUUAUCCUGGCCAAAGUGGACAUAGAUGAACACACUGAUCUAGCAUUGGAUUACGACAUUGGGUCAGUCCCUGUUCUUAUUGCUAUGAAGAAUGGCAAGGUUGAAGAUAAGCUUAUUGGGCUUCAGGAUACGGAUAAACUACGCAAGUUUGUUGAUAAGGUUGUAAAGUCCAAGUAAAGCAUUAAUGUUAGCUUAUGCCUUUCCUUCCGGUAGAAAAUUAUGUAAACUAAGUCAAACUCAAAUGAACUGCUUUCUUUUGAGUUCUGUAAUCCUUUGAUAGAUGCAAAGAACUACAAUGGAUUGUAUGUUAAGUUGUGCUUAAGUCUUUGUUACUAUAUGUUGGUGAGGAACUUGAGAUUUUGGAUGUAUGUAGACAUAAUUUUGAGCUAUCUUUUGUACUUUUAAGGCCCCAUUCAUGUUGGUUGUUCUUUGUGUUGGCAGAAGUUCUAUUAUUUCAAUAAAAUUAUUUCAUUAAAUUGUAAAA